UUUUAUACCAUUAAAAAUAGCUACUUAGUUAGCAAGUCUAUGUUGCACAAAUCAACGGAUGCCUUGUAAAUUCUCAAAAUCCUGCAUUCUAUAUCCAUAGUUUCGCUAUAUACCUAAAUUAGUUCAACUUGCCAACCAGUCGAUUUCGAAUGAAUACCGGUAGUGAGUGAAUUUGCAAUGAUGCAUUUUGGAACUGCAAUAUGGAGCCAUUUGUUUUCAUUUUGCAAGUUCAGUCCUCAGCUAGUGGUGUGGUAUCUUUUGGGUUCGUGAUAUCAUGUUAGCUAGCUAUGUUAGACGCAAAUUGUCUGCCAUAUUUUCUAACAUAAUCUAUGCAUAUAGUCGUGCAACUGCUAGUGACGCUAAGAAAUUGCAUCUUGUCAUUAAUUGACGUGCGUUAAGAACUUGUUUCACUAGAAAUGACUCAAACUAUUGUUGGUUAACACUAGCUCGAUUGCUCUUCAACUAAACAUUCGUUUCCAACAUACAAUUGAAGCUUUCAGUGCACAAGCUAAACGUGGAGUGCCGAUUUUAUCCAUGUGUAGAUUAACCAACGUGCAUUUCAACUACUUUUUGUGCGCGCUUCAAAAUGGUAUUAGCUAGCUAUAGUAACGAUAUUCUGCUAACUGAAUCCAAGCAACUAGCUAGAGGUAAUAGCAAAACUGAGAAUUUUAAUUCGCUAAUCUUCUGAGCCUGGACCUCCGGGACGCAUCCAAGCAGUCAACAUUCCCAGUGAGACCUGUUGGUUACAAUAAGCCCUGGACCCCAUGUUCCCUCUCUGCAUCUAGCUCUGCCCUCUCUACUCACUCCACAGAAAGUGCAACCAUGACCUCCAGCCACUGGGGGCAGAACACAGAGGCCUCACUCCCAUCAAGAUUGAAGAUGUCAUUCUGGGCUGAGCGCUCGGUCAGCAUGGUGGAGCCCAGCACGUGCACCCUGGGCUGGGCCUCUACAGAGCCUAAACAGCCCCCAGCCUCCCCUACUGGUGGCCCUGUCUCUGGGUCUCCCACCUCCUCACGCUAUAAGACUGAACUCUGCCGCACCUUUGCUGAGAGUGGCAUCUGUAAGUACGGGGGGAAGUGCCAGUUUGCCCACGGCUUUGAUGAGAUGCGUGACCUCAACAGACACCCCAGGUACAAGACUGAGCCGUGUCGCACCUUCCACACCAUUGGCUUCUGUCCUUACGGCAUCCGCUGCCACUUUGUUCAUAACAAUGAGGACGACCUGGGCCCUGGUCCUGCCAGACCUGGGCCUGGUCCUCAAACCCCCCGAACCAGGCGACCCCCUCUACUUAGGCAGAGCUUCAGCUUCGGAGGUUUCCCCUCCGCCCCUACACAGCCCCUGGAGCACUCCCUCCCCCACCCCUUCCUCCUUGUGCCUUCAGUCUCCCCUCCCACCUCAUCUGACAUAACCGACCUGCUCUCCCACACCUUCUCUGAGGUGGGCUGUGUCUUUGAGCCGGCCCAUGAACUCCAGUCUCAGUUUCUUCCCUCUCCUGACUCAGGCUGUUCCCUCUGUGGGCUGUCCCCUGUGCCUUCCCAGAACCCCUGUACCUUAUCAGAGGGCUGCAGCCUGCAGCCGAGCCAGAGUCCCCCCUGUGGGCCUGCUCUCAGGGCCAGGAGCCUCUCCUAUACCUCCCUGUCUGACCACGAGGGUGGGUGUGGCAGCUCAGCCAGCAGCCUCAGUGGGUCUGACUCCUCUGGUCCAGAUGGGUCUGGUCGGCGGCUGCCUAUCUUCAGCCAGCUCUCAGUGCCUGACGAGGGCUUCAGCAGCGAGUUCUGCAGCGGCACUAGCUUUUUCCUCUAGGUAGGACUUGCGUCUUUUUUUUUUUUUUUUUUUUUUUUUAGAACCAUGACAGCAUACUAUUGUGUACCUAAUGUAUUUUUACGGGCAGAUGCUUGACGCAGAAAUGUGCUUCAGUUAAGCUCAAACGAAAUUAAGCUGUACAAUUUUGAGGUACAAGUUGACAACAAGGCAAGGUGCCAGAGUUGCAUUGCACUGACUAUUUUGGAGAGAGAGAAAUUGUGUAAUCAAUGUUAUUGCCCAUGGAAGUCCUCCAUUCCUGCAGUUGUAAGAAGUGAACUAGUCAUGUCAAUGACAGUUUGAGAAGCAAUUCAUGAAUCUUAGAAUGUAAAAAAAAAAAAAAAAGCCAAAGACAAGGACACAAUGCAUCUCUGCCAAGUUAGAUUUACCCCUAUGAAUGUUGGUUGACUAUUGUGAUAUUUGUUUCUUUAUUGUACACUGUUCUUCUGACUGGGCUUAAGAAAUGGACCUUUCCAAAAACCCACUAGUUUUUUUUAAAUGACUUCAGUGCCUGUAAACUUUUACAGUUUCUUUUAUUUUUUAUGUUGUUGUUGGAAACUGCAAUUUUCAUUGUUAGUUGCAGGGGGACCUUGGAUUUUUUUUCUUCUCUAUUUUAGAUCAAAGCUUAAAUUGGUUUCUUAACUUUACUUAGCAAGGUGGCUUGUGAGAAUGAAUAAUUGUUUUCUCACUUGUUUCUGUAAUCUCUGCAAAUGUUUGAAGUUGUAUGAAGACGUUCUGAAGACGCACCGAAAGUGUAUGUCCCUUGUGUGGUAGACUCUGCACGUAAUCCCCCGAUGAGCAGAAAAAUACAUGUGCAUGGCAAAGUGAUAUGAUUCAACUGGGUUGCCGUUGGAAUCUGAUUCUAUUGAGUUGGACCUAAACGGCACCUGGUUCAGUAGAUUGAAUCGUAGUGUCUUUCUAGAAGUCCUUGGGGCGAUCUAAUGGUAGAUGGUUUGUAUCUGAAAUGUUUUGGUAGUUGGUUCUGAGAGUGGGUGCUUUUUUUUUGUAUUUAAAUACCUUUUUGACCAACAUGUUUCAAGCUUGUUUAGUGAUAAUGGAGAAUCUUUAGUAAAUUAAGUUUAAUUUAUUUUAAUGUAUUUAUAGAACUUUUUGAGUUUGUAUCAAGUUUAAUAUAUUUUUGUUGUUGUACUGGAAAUAAACUUUUUUUUAAACAUUG